AUGGCCCCCAAGAAGAAGGUCAAUCAUACAAAGAAGAUUGCCAUGGAGCCAGUGGUCACCCAGGUGACCACUGUUACUACUCAGAUGGCAGGAGGAGUGGUGGUGGUGGAGGGCGUGAAGAAGAUCGAGGAGAUGGCUGCACUGGAUAUCGUGCAGCUCAACCACCUCAACCUCCCCCUGCCCCCUCCCAUCAUCAAGCCCGGAGAAAAGGGCCUGGGUCUGGGCUGUGAGGUGACACGCCCCCUCCACGGCAAUGCCCUGCUGGAGGAGCUGAGCCGCAUGCGCCAGGAGCGCUUCCUCACCGACCUGGAGCUAGCCUGUAAGACCAAGGCCUUCGACGUGCACAAGCUGGUCAUUUCUUCCGUCAGCCAGUACUUCCGGGAGAUCCUGGCCAAGGACCCCGGAAUGAAGCGUCUAGAGCUGUCCUCACUCUCCCCCCUCGGCCUGGCCAACGUGAUCACCUUUGCCUACCUGGGCCGCGUCCACAUGUCCCUGUACACCAUCGGCUGCACUGUGUCAGCUGCUGCCACCCUCCAGAUCCCCCAGCUGCUCCAGAUGUGCAUGGACUUCCUGCUGGCCGAGAUGAACGUGCAGACGUGCGUGUACGUGUGGAACAUCGCCGCCGCCUACGGCCUGAUUCCCGUUCGUGACGCAGCCCGCCGCUUUGUGCUGGAGAACUUUGUCGCGUUCACCGAGACACCGCUGUUCAACCAGCUGACCCUGGAACAGAUCACAGCCUUCCUCCAGGAGGACAGCCUGCUUCUGCCAUCUGAAGUCACUGCCUUCCAGUUGGCCAUGAAGUGGCUGGACUUCGACCCCAAGCGUCAGGUGCACGCCGCCGAGCUGCUGUCCCACGUGCGCUUCGAGACCAUCCCUGCCAGCGAGCUGGUCAGCGAGAUCCAGCCUGUGGCGAGGAUGAUGAUGGACCCUCACUGCCACCGCCUGCUAGUGGAUGCCAUGAACUACCACCUGCUGCCCCACCAACAGAACACGCUGCAAUCUCGUCGCACGCAGGUGCGUGGAGGACAGGCCACCCUGCUGACUGUUGGGGGGCGUCCCUCCAUCACCGAGCGGGCACUGAGCAGAGUGGUGCUGUGGAGAGAUCCACGUGAGGGUGCGGCCACCUGGCGACACCUGUCCCAGCUGCCCGCUAAGAGCUUCAACCAGUGUGUGGCUGUGAUGGACGGCUUCCUGUACGUGGCAGGGGGAGAGGACCAGAACGAUGCACGCAACCAGGCCAAGCACGCUGUCAACACCCUCAGCAGGUACGACCCUCGCUUCAACACCUGGCUGCAUCUGGCUAGCAUGCGCCAGCGCCGCACCCACUUCAGCCUCGUAGCCACCGGCGGGCGCCUGUACGCCGUUGGCGGCCGCAACGUGGAGGGCCUGCUGGCCACCACCGAGAGCUACCUGCCCUCCUCCAACACCUGGCAGCUCAAGACGCCCAUGGAGAUGCCACGCUGCUGCCACGCCAGUGCCGUGCUGCCUUCCGGAGACAUCCUGGUGACCGGCGGCUACAUCAACUGCGCCUACUCGCGCUCCGUGGCCUGCUACAACAUUGAGACGGACACCUGGAGUGAGAAGGCCAGCCUGGAGACCCCCCGAGGCUGGCACUGCUCCUCCACCCUGGGAGGGAAGGUGUAUGUGGUGGGUGGUAGCCAGCUGAGCCCCAGCGGAGACCGUGUGGAUGUCCUGUCCAUGGAGGUGUUCUCCCCAGAGAACAGCGAGUGGAGCCGGGUCUCCCCCCUGCCCCUGGGCGUGAGCACGGCAGGCCUGUCGCCGCUCAGGGAACAACUGUACCUACUGGGUGGCUGGAAUGAGGCCGAGAAGCGCUACAAGGCGGCCGUGCAGAAGUACACCCCGGCAACUGACAGCUGGUCCAUGGAGGAGAAUCUGCCUGAGGCCACUGUGGGCGUGUCCUGCUGCACCCUGACUCUCCCACCCCGCCACACCCCCCGCAGGCAACAGCACCGCAACACCCCAGCAACCAAAGAGGAGCAGCUACUGCCACAGAGAGAGAGCAGUGUGGCCCCACAGCCCAUCACUGCCUGA